GAGAGGAAGUGCUAAGCAAAUACAGGAACCAAAAAGGGUGAUAGAAGCUGCUUCAUGCUGUCUCAUUCAGUUCCUUUGUGGUCCUCGUCUUCAGCACAUGCCAAAGCAGUUCCUCACAACCUGUGGGACCAGCGCAUCUUUGGUGUGUGACAAUGGAAGAGUUGGAUGCUUUAUUGGAGGAACUGGAACGCUCCACUCUGGAGGACGUGAGUGAAUACUCCAGCCCAGCCCCUCUUCCCGUGGGUCAGCAUUCCAGAAAGGACAGUAAUCGUGCCGAAACUUCAGAGACCCAUUCCGUUCAGGAUGACACAAGCCCUUUGCCGGUGCAGCUCGUGUAUACAACCAACAUCCAGGAGCCCAAUGUCUACAGGUAUAUUUUUAAAUCAAACACUUUAAAAAUUAAAAGUCCCCUACGGGGCUCCCAUGCCAGGCCUUGUUUCAUCCUCCAGGUGAUCCAAGCCCUAGGGCAGGCGUGGCAUCCAGAGCACUUCAUCUGUAGUCACUGCAAAGAAGAGAUUGGCUCCAAGCCCUUCUUUGAGCGCAGUGGCUUGGCCUACUGUCCCAAGGACUACCACCAUCUUUUUUCUCCACGCUGUGCUUACUGUGCUGCUCCCAUCCUGGACAAAGUGCUGACAGCAAUGAACCAAACCUGGCACCCGGAGCACUUCUUCUGCUCUCACUGCGGAGAGGUGUUUGGUGCAGAAGGUUUUCACGAGAAGGACAAGAAGCCAUAUUGCCGAAAGGAUUUCUUAGCCAUGUUCUCACCCAGGUGUGGUGGCUGCAACCGCCCGGUGUUGGAAAACUACCUUUCAGCCAUGGACAAUGUCUGGCACCCAGAGUGCUUUGUCUGUGGGGACUGCUUCAGCAGUUUCUCUGCCGGCUCCUUCUUUGAACUGGAUGGACGUCCAUUCUGUGAGCUCCAUUACCAUCACCGCCGAGGCACCCUCUGCCAUGGAUGUGGGCAGCCCAUCACCGGCCGCUGCAUCAGUGCCAUGGGCCACAAGUUCCAUCCUGAGCACUUCGUAUGUGCUUUCUGCCUGACACAGCUGUCAAAGGGAAUCUUCAAGGAACAGAAUGACAAGACCUAUUGUCAACCCUGCUUCAAUAAGCUCUUCCUACUGUAACCUCAGCUGGACCCACAGC